AUGGUAUCACGAGCCUCCUUCUCCAGUGAGACCAACUCUGUUUCUAUGGCUUCCCCUACAAAAACUCACACACAAACCCCAAUCUCCAUCAAUGCCGCAGGACAACUACCUCAUAAAUUAACUGGUCCCAGCUUUCCCUCAUGGAGUGCAACCCUUUCCUCUUUACUUCUCGGCUAUGAUCUUAAUGAAUUCCUGGAUGGAACUUAUCCAUGUCCCCCUAAGCCCACUCAUCCUAUUGAAGAUGCAAACAUUGUUGCCUACUCCAAAUGGUUUUGGCAAGACCAACUCAUUCUCAAUGUCAUACUUGCCUUUGUUAUUGAAUCUAUUACGCCACUCAUCGCCUCAGCCAAGACUUCCCGUGAUGCCUGGAUUCGACUUAACCUCUUAUAUGCAAACAAGUCUCGAUCCCGCGUGAUGCAACUCAAGGAGCACCUCACCCUUCUUCAACGAGGUGAUUGGCCGAUUGUUGCUUAUCUUUAA